GCUGCUGAAGCACUGAUGGUUUGCGAAAGAGUCUCUCCAUAAUAGUUAUUGUCAUUUUUAAAGAAAAAAUGUAAUUAUAUUUUUUAAUAGUUCUCCAACCUGCAUCUCAAGGGAAGAAAUGUUGAUUUAACAUCUUGCCGCUGCAUAAUUCGAAGACCAAAAAUCAAUUCAACCGUGCCGUGAGUGAUUUCGAGCCAGUGUUUUCCAGUAGGUCCGAAGAAAAAGUAUUGCUUUUUAAGGAGAGGGAGCUCCGUGGAUCAAAAAGACAAGAAAAAAAGUGUUCUGAAACGCUUCCUGUGGGGGAGGACAAUUUUUCGAGAUCGGAAUUUGGUUUUGUUUUCGAAAGGUGUCCAGUGAGCAACAAUAAUAGUAAACCAUGUCGUCCGGGCUGGUGGACAAAUCGUUUGUCAGCACCGACGAGCUGUUUUAUCUGAAGUGGAACAACUUCCAGAAGAAUGUGAGCACCCAGUUCGAGAAACUGCGGGAGGAGGAUGAUCUGGUGGACAUUACCUUUGCUUGCGAGGGUAAAAAGCUGACGGCCCACAAGUUGGUUCUGUUUGCCUGUAGUCCUUUCUUCAAGGAAUUGCUGAAGAAAAACCCAUCCCCGCAUCCGGUGUUCUUCAUGAACGAUGUGAAGUACGACGUGCUGAAGGCAAUUCUCGAGUAUAUGUACCUGGGAGAGGUGCACAUCACCAACGAGAAUCUGAAGGACUUCAUCAAAACCGCCGAAGGGCUGCAAAUUCGUGGACUGAGCAAGGAGAACAACCAGAGUGAUUUGGUGGUUCCACCACCGGCGACUUCUUCUCCGCUGCGCAAAGAAGAAAAGGACCACGUCGUGACCGAGAACGCCCAGCUGCUGGAGGAAUUUUGCCGCAAAAGACCGGAACCGGGUGAAAUCGUUCACCCAAGUCAGCAGCAGCACUCACAACAAACGGCCGGAACCGUUGUCGGUCUCAACAUAAAACGCUUAAAAACACUCGACGGCCAGAUUCAUAGCGUGGUGGAUGGCUCCAACGUGCAACCUAAGGUAGAAAUGGUUGAAUACUUGGAAACAGAAGGAACAAGCCACCAGUCACCAACCUAUUGUAGCAUGGAUAACUUCACUGAUAAAACUACAACGCGAACGAUAGCUCACAUGACUCAAAUUCAUACAACUGCUUUUACGCAAGCAACUGCACAACCUGGCAGUUCUGGCCAUCAGCAAGCACAGCAACAGCAACAACAGCAGCAGCAGCAGCAGCAACAGCAAUUACAGCAGCAGGUUCAGCAGUACAAAUCCGAAGAGGACAGUAGUUGGAUGGAGAAAUCCUUGGACAAUAUCUCGGUCAACUCGGAACACCAACAGCAACCACAGGAGGUGAAACCGAAAACCAAGGGCAGCCGAGCCAAUCGAUCACAGGACGAUAAAACCAACUGUCUGACACCACGCUGCUGUCCGGUAUGUUCUCGGCUUUACUCGAACGUGUCCAACUUGCGACAGCACAUGCGACUGAUACACAAUCCGACGGCCGUUUGCUGCCCCAUCUGUCAGAAGCAUUUCAACUCGGAACUCUACCUGAAGCGUCACUACUCGUCGAUACAUUCGAUCAACCCGGGCGAAGGAGAAAUUGUGGAACAAAAGCCGCAACCUGCUCAACUUGCGGCAGCGGCCCAACAACAGCAGCAGCAACAACAACAACAACAACCUCAACAGCAGCAACCAGCUCAGCAACAGCAAAAUCAACAACAACAACAACAACAGCAGCAACAGCAACAACAGCAGACAGCAACUACUGCGGCCUCCACCAACACCUGGAAUCCGUACCAUCACCACGAUACGACUCAGCUGGUAAACCCAUUUAUCAAAUAAUCACUAUUGGUUACAACAGGACCGCAUAGAAAGCAGUCUCCCUCAUCGGGGGGAUAUUUAGGUGGAAACAGUAGCGGAACGGAAGGAAACAGCGGUGGCAUCUCUAGCAACGCCUUCCUCGGCUAGGUGGUAAUACCUACAAUUUUAUUUUGCAUAAUGUAUUCCCUUUUUGAAAUCCAUUUGAAAGGUUUUGCAAUGCUUCAAAUAAGUUUUAAUUAUUGAUUGUAAUUAUUGUAAAGAUUAUUUGAAAGCUUAUUGUAAAGUUUGAUUAUGUAAGGGUGGUAUCGACGUAAAAGGGUACUGAAUUGGCCGAAAACUAAACUGUAACCUUCAGUCUCACUGGUUAUGCCAUGUUAUCACGACUAUUCGCGUAGAACUCCUAGUAUUGCAAAAAAAAAAUGCCAUUGACAAAUUGGAAUUUUGAGUCCUUCAGGAAAAAAACGAAAAUCAUUUGGUGGAAUGUGUUCCUUUCGGUCAUAAGAAAUCAUUGGACCUGGAGAAAACCAAACCAAUAUUAUUUUCACUAUUCUACUACCAGUGAAUUUAUCGGAAGAGAGGACUGAAUUCGAUACAAGCUAAAGCCCUCCAGAAAUCCCAAUUAUGACGUAAAUUUGUGCAGUCUACGCACGUUCGACUUAUGACAGUGCAUGCGUUUCCAACUUAUUUGUUCAAAAUAAAUUUUCAACACCAAAAAAUUGAGCAGAGUGAACUUGGCAAAUCUUGAUAUUAGCUUUAUACUAAAAUAUCAUGUCAAAGAAGGUCCAUUUUUUUAUCAUCUGCUCAGUUGGUGUUUGUUCGAACAGUUGAAGAUAUUUUUAAAAAGUUUAAUAUAAUUUUGCCUCCAUUGCCUCCGAUAUCUUCCAUUUGCCAGAUGGAGUUUUCUACCUAAACUGAAUGGAAAUUAUUCUCGUACUCAACCAAAAGCAAUUCGAAUCAGUUAAGUGGAUUUAUUUAAAAUGGCAUGCGAAAAAACCCCUUGAGGAUUGAAUAAACGAACAUAAUUUCGAACGUUCGUCACUGUGGAAGACACAUCCGGAACUUUUGGCGUAUAUCACCUACUUUACAAUUAUUUGCCAAUAGAGCAAAAUUUUUACUGUCCGCGAUCCACGAGAUAUUUGUGUGUUUCCCUAUAUUGAACAACCUAAUCUCAUCCGUUGUGCAUUCGAGACACAGAACUCACCGCCAUUGAGUGAGGAUUCGAGUACAUAUUAGGGUACCUAUAGGAAUAUUAGCUAACUAGAACACUAUGACACAGAUUCAACUUAGGCUAAUGCAAAUUUGACAAACUAGAUUUUAGGAGUGAGCGGUGUUAUCAAGAAAUCAGUACGUAGCCGAUAGUUUACCGAUUAAGAAGAGUAAUGGAAGCACGUUGCAGAAGAAAGCAUACCCACAGCUUGCGGCAAAACAUCAACCUACUAUGAAAACAUGUGGAUGAAGUAGAUUUUAUCUGUAAUGUUGAGGGCAAAUAUAAACUACUAAGUAUAUACUAAAGCAUACAUUGAACCGGAAACUCUGGGACAUAACGUGUAAAUACAGUUACAAAGCAAAACAGAUUGAACAUUAAAUAUAGAUAU